AUGAACGCUAUCGACAACACUACAAAAGCAACAGAAGCGUUGGCUGAACACGUUGUGAUGGAGGAACCAACUGUCACCGAAGCUCCACUUGUCAACGAGGUUCCAAUGGUCACGGAGACACAAAUUGUCACAGAGAAAGUAAAGAAGGAGCCAACGCCAAAAACUCGCAGAAGACUGUCAGAUGAUCUGAAAGAGGAGCCACGAGAGCCACCAAACAAAAUGCAAAAGUUAGAGGUGGAAGAUUUCAUGCCAUUGGAAGCGUUGCAAACUCUUCAGCAACUUGCGAGCCCGAAACUUGGAAACAACGGGCUUCCAUGUCGCCCGAAGGCCAUGACAAUCGUUGAUGGAAGACCAACACUUCCCGAAAUGGGACCACUUUUACAGUGCCAACAUCUUCAACAAAUACAAUGUCUCAUUCAAUUCCACGAACAACAAGAAAAAUACCGUUCUUACAUUCAACUCGAGAUUCUCCGUAAUCUACGUAAGCAACUCAACGACCAAAUGCUCCUUCAUCCACACAGACAUCACUACGAAGCAUUGGUUGAAGCCGCUAAGAACAACCGUCUGACUCCACUGUCAGUCGCCGAAAGAACUCAAAUCGAAUAUUUCACACAAAUGGCUAACUGGACUUUGGAAGCUCGUGCCACCUUGCAAAAUAAGGAGACGCCGACCUAUCUUCAUUUCUUAGGACGUCAGAUCGCUGAUUUCAGAGGCCGACUCAACGAGAUCACUACUCAUGAGCAAUUCCAGGUGUUUGCACCAAUGUUCGCCGAGCGCAUCGACUACCAUCGCGAGCUGAUCCACACUCUCAACCGCCGAUCAUCUGUCAGCAUCAUGUAA